GGCCUAUGGAUCCUAUUUGGUAUGUACGUAUAGACCCCAAUUCGUCAAUUAGGUCAACGCGGGAAAUCCAACUCUUGUCAAGGAAGCAACCUCGGUCUCAAUCAGCUGGGCCUCUGAAGAAGUGCGGAAGCUUAUCGGAGAAGAAGACCUGUGAAAUCCAACUCUUGUCAGGGAAUCAACCUCGGUCUCAAUCAGCUGGGCCUCUGAAGAAGUGUGGCGAAUCUGGCAAUUGUAGACUGAAAGCGGCAUCAACGGUGGAAAAUUGAAGGAGGAGCUGCGGGAAGUACAGUGGCGGAGUAGAGUUCGAGCCCGAGAGAGAAAUCUUGUCAUUCGAGAGAGUAGAGAGAGAGAGCUGCUGGAAGUACGGUAACCGCGCAGAGCGAAUUCUUUUUUCCCUUUUUCUUUUGUUAAAUUAGUGGACAUCUGGCAUAUUUUCCACGUCAGUCUUUCCUACCUUAAUUGGUUCCAAGACUGGUCGUCUUCUAUAUCUUCCUAUAGCCAUAGAAGCAGCUCUUACAAUGAAUCUGGUGAGUUGGUUACUACCAGGGUUUUUUUUCCUGAGAUUUGAUUGAUUUGAUUUUUCUUUUCUGUUAAUUUGAAUUGUUCGUAAUUUAUAGUACUCAUUCUUCAGUUCAUGUGAGGAAUUACAUCAAAGUAGCGGUGUGUGCCGGUUUGACAAGUUCGUCUAUAGCGAUAGCAAUCAUUUUGUUUCAUUGCAGAUGCCAUCUUCUUUGGAAAAUCACUCUCCUGAACUCUUGCAUAUAUGGAGCUUGCCUUAGAGCAGGCAAAGAAUGCCCUGCAGUUUCUUGAAGUUCCUGUUGGCUGUGUGAUUGUGGAGGAAGGAAAGGUCAUUGCAGCAGGAAGAAAUCGAACUACUGAGACACGAAAUGCUACGAGACAUGCUGAAAUGGAAGCUAUUGAUAUUCUCCUUGAACAAUGGCAAAAAGAUAGACUUUCAGAGUUGGAGGUUUCUGAAAAAUUUUCAAAAUGCAACCUUUAUGUUACUUGUGAACCGUGUAUAAUGUGUGCUGCAGCUUUGUCUAUUCUUGGUAUAAAGGAAGUUUAUUAUGGCUGUGCAAAUGAUAAAUUUGGAGGCUGCGGAUCUAUUUUUUCGUUGCACCUGAGUAGCUUUGAGCCACAUAGUGGUGAUUUCCCGCAACGGAAGGGUUUUAAAUGUACUGGAAGAGUAAUGGCAUCAGAAGCUGUUUCUCUUUUACGAAGUUUCUACGAACAAGGGAAGUAGGGAACCCUAAUGCUCCAAAGCCUCACCGGCCUUUCCGGCCUUUGGUUAGCCAAGAACCACAUUAGAUGUGUUGGUAUUUGGAUCUUGAGAUGUGGCUCAGGAUUUGCCAAAUGUGAAGGAUGAUUCAGGGAAAAUCAAUGGUAUUAGAGCUAGCGAAAGCAUCAGACUUUGACGAAAUCUUGGCGCCUACGUACAGGCAACAACCUAGGAAAAUACUGGAAAAUUUUCAGGGCCAUUUGUUAGUUCCUGUAAUUGUCAUUUGUGGAGAAAUUUGAUGUAUUAUGCCUUAAAUAUGAAUAUAUUUAUCUGCGCACUCGACAAAGUUUACUGUAGUUGAGGAGGCCUGUAUGUCCUUGGAAAGAAGUACGUAUAGUCUAACGUUUGAUUCAGAUGUACUACAAUUACCAAAUAACAGUAAUAGUAUCAUAAUUCCACGGGAGUUAAUAAUUUUCAC